AUGUAUGUGAAAUGGUUUGAUACAGGAAUAGUAUGUGAUUUUAGUGUAUUUAGUGAAUGUCACUUUUCUGUCAUUUUCAAAUUUCCCGCCGUUCCGUCCCCCGUACGUCCCGAUGUCUCAGGGGAUGGAAGCCAGAAGACAGAUGCCGGCAUCGGCCGGAGGACAUUGCCGGGGACACUGCAGGAGGGACAUCGCAGGAGCGCAGGACAAGGUAAGAGAAGAACAGAUCGCGGAGCAGCGCCUCAUGGAAAGCCCGAGUGUAGCUCAGGAUUACCGCUUGUGCUACACUCGGGAAUACCACCAGGAAGGCUA